AUGCUCCGAUCCGAUCCAUCCCAUGCCUUCGUUUCAAGGAACUUCAACUUCAAUGUCUCGCACGAUGGCAACUGGGUGGUCUUAGCAAGCGAUUCGAUCUUCCUUGUCGGCUCGCCACUCAGCGCAGUGCUGAUGUUUCAGCACCCCAGCAAGAGCGUGGAGAACGAGAAGAUGAGACUUGGUACCAGGCCUAUGGGCAAAGACUUGCAGGCCGUGUUGACCGACGCAGAGCGUGACAACAUCAAGAGCUGUUCGAGCACUAUGCGUUAUGCCACGUUCCAGCGCAUCUGGUCUGCCAAAGAGGCUGUGUCCAAGGCGAUUGGUCAGGGACUGGCCUUCGGCCUGGAGCGGAUGGAGGUGCAGCUACCCGGAAUGCUUCAAGAGAACUUGGGCAAUCUGGUUCUGACUGCCCUGGGGCUUUCGAGGUCCGAAGCACCGGAGCCUGCAGCCAAAAAAGGUCGGGUAAAGUUCUCCUCCUUGCUGGAGAAUCUGCAGAAUGGUAAGACCAGCAACGGCCUUCGGCACGAGACACACGCACAGAGAACACCAGAGGUACAAGCACAGAUGCAGAGAAUAGAAAUUCACAUUGAUGGCUGGCCACGCCCAGACUGGACGGUGUACCAGGAGGAACUAGAGGGCUCCUGGAUCUCCGUGGCUCUGGGUCCGGUCGAUGAGGCUGUUGAUGCCAACGGCACCUUCCGGGCCACCUUCCGACUGCCUGGACUCGGUGGACCUUCAGAUCUUCAGGCCCUUCAAAGCAAGAUGAAGAUGGAGCCGAUGACGGAGGCGACAAGGCCUUGGGCCAGCGUCAGCGACUGGACUCCGCAGGCUGAAGGAUUCCGAAUCCUUCCGGUGGAAGCCCUCCUUCCGCAGGAGGUGACGGAGCAACUUGCCAUUCUCCGGGGCCGGGACAUGGCAUUGGCAGCUGGGGUGUGA